UACAAAUUGAUAAUUAAAAAAUUGUUAUCACGGUUUUAAGUACAUUUUUUGAAAAAGUAGGAAUUAUUUUGAACACGGCCAUAGCUAUAUCUAUAGGCCGUGAUUUUGAACUUUUUACUCUAAAGUGAUACAAUUAUUUAAAAUUACAAAAUGUUAUCAAGAAACAUACUGUAGUAUUAUGUGGAGCAAUUACAAAAGAUUAUUUAAUGGUUUUAGUGUAAAUACAAUUAUUUGUAUAGCUUACAAAAGUCAUUAUGAAGCACUUAAUAUCUCUAAAACUGCCACACACAAAGAAAUAAAAGAUGCUUAUUACAGACUAUCAAUGAUAUAUCAUCCAGAUAAAAAUAAAGGAAGUGAAGAAGCUGCAAAAAUUUUCCGUGAUAUAACUUCAGCAUAUGAAGUCUUGGGAAAUGUGCGUCAAAGAAAAUUAUAUGACAGUGGUGCUAACCUAAAUCAAAAAUCUUCUCAAUUUACUACCAAACAACAACCUUAUGAAACAAUGAAUACAAAAAAUGAUAUUUAUAAAACCAAUGUCCGUAGCAGGGACUAUAAUUUUGAAGAGUGGUCUAAGUUUCAUUAUACAAAUGCAUUUAGGCAACAAUAUGAAACUCGAGAAAGACAUACUAGAAAUAAAAAGAAUGAAGAAUAUGCUACACGUCUAAAUUCUUAUAAUUUAUUAACAAUUAUGGUUUUUUCAAGUCUUUUUAUUUUAAUUACAAUGUUUGAUCAUGUGAAAAAAGUACUAAUUGAACGUAAAAGAAUAAAUGAAUUUAAUAAAAUAGAUGAACAAGAUGAUUAACAUAAUAAUUUAUUUUAAAUUUCAAAUAGUUCUUAAAUUAGUUUAUUAAAUUUGAUUGAAGAAUCAAGUAUAAAUUCUGUAUACAUAUUUAUUAAUAUUGUUAUGUGAUUAUUUUGAGUCUUAAUUAAAUUGUGUGUACCUAUCUCA